UUAGCAUUAUACUGAGUCAGACUGAGAGAGCAGUUGUUUAGAUGCAACCUCAAAGGAUAAAUUACAAACCCUGCUGUUGGAACAGUGGAUGAAAGAUGAGGCGAGGCUGAAAGAUUGUACAGUCAUAGGGCUGUGACGCAUGAGGAGGUGAUGGGUUAAGCGGUCCCUGUGCCCCAUUUGAAUGUCCGUCACUAUGGCUAAACGUGAGACCGGCAGCACCAGCCCUGUGGUCAGGCAGAUCGACAAGCAGUUCCUGGUCUGCAGCAUUUGUUUGGACCAUUAUCACAACCCCAAGGUCCUGCCCUGCCUGCACACCUUCUGUGAGAAAUGCCUACAGAACUACAUCCCUCCCCAGUCUUUGACGCUGUCCUGUCCAGUAUGCAGACAAACCUCUAUCUUGCCAGAGAAGGGUGUGGCAGCCCUGCAGAACAACUUCUUCAUCACUAACCUAAUGGAGGUGUUACAGCGAGACCCAGAGUGCAGCCGACCUGAGGCCUGUAAUGUUCUUGAGUCAGCCAGUGCAGCUACAGCCUGUCAGCCCCUCUCUUGCCCAAACCAUGAGGGCAAGGUGAUGGAGUUUUACUGCGAGUCAUGUGAAACCGCCAUGUGUCUGGAGUGUACAGAGGGAGAACACAGGGAACAUGUGACAGUUCCUCUGAGGGAUGUGCUGGAACAGCACAAGUCAGCGCUAAAAAAUCAGCUGGAUGCUGUGCGCAACAGACUACCUCAGCUGACGGCUGCCAUUGAGCUUGUGAACGAGAUCUCCAAGCAGCUUACAGAGCGGAAAAAUGAGGCAGUGACUGAAAUCAGUAACACUUUUGACGAGCUGGAGAAGGCCUUACACCAACGCAAGACCGCUCUCAUCACUGAGGUGGAAAACAUCUGCAGCACUAAGCAGAAGGUGCUUCAGGCCCAGCUGACCUCUUUGCUUCAGGGCAAAGAGAACAUUCAAAGCAGCUGUAACUUCACAGAGCAGGCCCUGAGCCACGGCAGCGCCACUGAGGUCCUGUUGGUCCAGAAGCAGAUGGGUGAGCGGGUCAGUGCCCUGGCACGACACACCUUUCCUGAACAUCCUCAUGAAAAUGGACAUCUGGAAUGCCAGGUGGAGACGGAUGGACUGAGGCGCUCCAUUCAAAACCUGGGAGUCCUGAUCACAACAGGGACUGUAGGUCAUACUAGUGUUGCCACAGGCGAAGGUCUGCGACACGCACUGGUCGGCCAGCACACCACUGUCACAGUCACUACUAAAGACAAGGAUGGAGAACUAGUGAAGACUGGUAAUGCAUCUCUGAGGGCAGAGAUUAUCUCUGCAGAUGGAGGGUGCACUGAAGCUGAGGUGGCUGACAACAAGAACGGCACCUAUGAGGUCGGAUACACCGUCCGCUCAGAGGGAGAAUUCACCUUCUCAUUGCUGCUAUAUGAGCAACCUGUGAGGGGGAGUCCGUUUCGCUUGCGUGCCGUCAAGCCGUCAGAUGUCCUGCAGUCACCAGACGACGUGAAGAGAAGAGUGAAGUCCCCGAGUGGAGGAGGAGGCCAUGUUCGACAAAAGGCUGUGCGCAGACCCUCCAGCAUGUACAGCACCACCAAGAAAAAGGAGAACCCAAUAGAGGAUGAGCUGAUCUACAGAGUGGGAACAAGAGGGCGAGAUAAAGGAGAAUUCACUAACCUACAAGGCAUCUCCACCUCCAGUAAUGGACGGAUUGUGGUGGCAGACAGCAACAACCAGUGUAUACAGGUAUUCUCAAAUGAUGGCCAGUUUAAGAUGAGGUUUGGGGUCAGAGGUCGUUCACCAGGGCAGCUGCAGAGGCCCACAGGGGUCACAGUGGACGUGAACGGUGACAUAAUUGUAGCUGAUUACGACAACAGAUGGAUUAGCAUCUUCUCCUCGGAUGGCAAGUUCAAGAGCAAAAUCGGAGCGGGGAGAUUGAUGGGACCCAAAGGUGUGGCUGUGGAUAAGAAUGGACAUAUCAUCACGGUUGAUAAUAAGGCCUGCUGUGUCUUCAUCUUCCAAUCAAACGGGAAGCUGGUGACAAAGUUCGGAGCCAGAGGAACGUCCGACAGACACUUUGCAGAAAAAAGUGGUGCAAACAUUGUACUGGAACAAAAGCUUAGUAAAUCUGGCCCUGUUUUCAGUCCUCACUUUGUGGCCGUAAAUAACAAAAAUGAAAUUGUGGUAACAGACUUUCAUAACCAUUCAGUCAAGGUGUACAAUGCAGAUGGGGAGUUCCUGUUUAAAUUUGGCUCCCAUGGAGAGGGGAACGGCCAGUUCAAUGCUCCAACUGGCGUUGCUGUGGAUGCCAAUGGAAAUAUCAUUGUUGCUGAUUGGGGAAACAGUCGGAUCCAGGUGUUCGACAGCUCAGGGUCCUUCCUGUCCUACAUCAACACAUCAGCGGACCCCCUUUACGGCCCUCAGGGUCUGGCCCUCACAUCUGACGGUCAUGUGGCAGUGGCGGACUCUGGGAACCACUGCUUCAAGGUCUACCGCUACCUGCAGUAGAGACGUGAGACAGCCAUCUUCACCACUGCAAUCACUGACAACGACACAACUAAUGUAUUACAAAGGGUGCAAUCCAACACAGCCUGUUGAUGUGCACAUCAGCUGAUCUCCCAGAUUGAAUUAAGUGUCUGAUCCUGAGUUUACCCUCCCUAUGAUGUGUAUUGAAGGUUGUUUGUAAAGUUGGAUAAUGUAGCAUCCUCGGGACAAGUAAUGGACUUAAAGCUAUGGACUGCUUUUAGAGAAUGUGCAAAAACAUUUUUGUGUGUUGUACGCUGUUGAUGGUAUUAUCCAACCACACUUUCUGUGAGACCGGACAGGGUAGGAUAUAGAAGUAUUUAAUGAGCCAUAACUUGUCCAAAUGCAUGAAGUUUUAUUUUAAUCUUAACGUCCAGGCAACUACACAGUGUACCCAUCGGUUGCUUUUCUCAUGAACUAGUUAAUGCUUACAGUGAAAUGAACAACGCUAGGCAAUGAAAUGUAAAGUUUCUCAUUUAUUGACAUUUCGCAUAAAAACAUGUCAUCACCAUCUGUGCAUUGAUUUGCUGUAUGUACUGUAUAUACAGACAUGUAUAUUGUGUAUAUUGGAUCACUCCCUAUGUAUGUGCUAUGAUUUUGAAACACACAGCCUUUUGGCUAUUCAGAGAGCAGCGGUCAAGCAUUCCAGGAUUUUAACAAUCUUUGUAUGGCAGCUGUUAAAGAAUGUGCUUUUUGAACAUACCCAGCACAUGCUUAUGAGAAGAAGAGUGUCAUAUUUAUUGCUAAUGUAAGCAGCACAAUAAUCAUUUUUGUUAAUAUAUCUGUUGUUUUAAAAAGAAAAAAAAAGAUAAAAAAAAGCUAAUUUAUUUUAUUUUAUACACUAGCACAGCAUUUUCAAAUUAUUUUUCUAAAUUGAUGUGCUUUUUUUCUUUAGAGCUUUACACUUCAUUCCGUUCCCCUAAAGGGAAACUCCACCUUAAAACAGAAUUCAGUGCAUCAGGAAAAAUUUGAUCAGUUUUUGUGCACAUGAGCCGGUGUUUUUCAAAGCCAUAACCCCAUCUUUUUUCGAGAAGUUUUCUAAGUUUUUCUGUUCAGAAUUCAUGGCUAAAGAUAUGGGUUCAUAGAUAUUGUUUUGCCUUUAACAAUUAAAGAGCUUUAUUUAGCGACAGUUACAAACCAGAAAGAAUACAUAUCUCAGGAAAUCCAUCCAAAUUAGAUCAGCAUGUCAAUAGAACAACUCAACACAUUCUUAUUUUUUGGGAUAGCACUAGCUUUUGAUGGAGAAAAACAGUCGAUUUGUGCAAAUGUAGUCUAGAUCCAAGACCACAAAAAUGACCGGGAUGGAAGAUGAAUUCUGUUUUACAGUGUUUUUUUUUUUCAUUAUCAUUUUUCAUUUUGGCUUUUACAUAGGAAACAGUUGCAACAUAUUUAAAUGAUAGUUUAUUAGAUGAUAUUUGCCAGCAAAUUCAUCCCCGCUUUAGAAUCCACUCACCUAUGGUACUGUUGUAAGCUAUCUGACAGAGCACUGUUUUCUGCCUGCACCACAUCAAGCCAUGACCAAGCCCAAGUGAAAAACCUGUACCAGUAGAGCUGUUGCUGCUCUUGCUCCACCCAGUGUUCAUUCUGUGUAAUGUCAUAAGAACAACCUGGUGCCACAGCAGAAACAGGUCCAGGAGCAGGAAAAAGGCAACUUCCUGGUUUGACAUAACAACCCACAGCACUGUGCUAAACAACCGAACACCAACACUCACCCUCCCCAGUGUAGGGAUUUACCGACCUACAGGAUAUAUCCCCAUUUCACCGGUUAAGUCCACCAGGAAGCUUCUGUUUUUCACGCACCUGAUCUGUUGCUUGACUUGUUGCCAAACAGGAGCCGAGACAUCUUUAAAGAGUCAAAGGCUCCCCAUUUCCAGAUGAGUCUGAAGCAUUUUACACUACUCUGUGUCACACCAAUACAAAUUUUGAUUUCUCUAUGAAUAUGCACUGGUAAUAAAAGCACAUGGUUUACUGA